AUGCAGGCAGUUUUUGGUCGCCCUCUUAGCACAGGACCUCUUCAGUCCACUAUGGCGGCGCCCGGUGGAGCUCUGAACUGUGAGGACUUUUCAAUGUUUCAGGAAGUAUUAAAAGUGAUGCGCACCAUAGAUGACAGAAUUGUCCAUGGCCUCAAUACUACUGUGCCCACUGCAUCCUUCUCAGGCAAAGUGGACGCCACACAGACCUGCAAAGAACUUUAUGAAUCUCUCAUGGAAGCUCAUCUUUCCAGAGAUAAGGCAAUAAAGUCAUGUAUUACAGAGACCUCUGCUGUCGUUGGGCAGUUACGUGAAGAGAGGGCAAAAGAUAGCGACAACUUGUCAAUAAUCAAGCAACUCAGGAAAGAGCAAACUAAGUUAAAACUCAUGCAGUCUGAGCUAAAUGUUGAAGAAGUGGUCAACGACCGGAGUCUGAAGGUUUUCAAUGAAAGGUGCCGAAUUCACUACACACCUCCCAAGAUCAAGUGAAUAAUACUUCUGUUGUCAACAUAAACUACACUGUUGUUCUGAGGAAAACACCUGGAGCUGAGCCUGGACAUUGUCAUUGACCCCAUAAACCCUCCAUCAGUAUGCUCUGUGGCUUUGUGUUUCUUACAGUGAAGAAACACUACUGCUGCCCAAAUCCUGUAAACCUUUUUGUAUAAAUAUUGUACAAAAGAUUUUAUAAACCAUGAAAUGUUUUCCCAUUGCUGAAAAGUUGUCUGUUAUUUGCUUUGCGAUAUAGUCAUUUGAAGUGAAGGGGACUUAAAGAUUAUCAAUCUGUUCUCAGAUGUUGAUGUGGCCAUCUGUGUCAAAAGUUAAUGUGAAUUGUGUGAACUUUUUUUUUUUUUU